AUGUGCAUAUAUAAGCAGCCAGAAGACACAGCUGCCAAUAAUAAAAGAAGGAGAAACAGAAUGGGUCUCCCGACCUUCCUCUACAACCAACUCCUCAUCACCCCAGCAAUCCCAACCAACCCGUUCACCGGCCAAACCGCCAUAAUCACUGGGUCCAACACCGGGCUUGGUCUAGAAACAGCUCGGCACAUUGCGCGACUCGGUGCUGAUAAGGUGAUUCUCGCUGUGCGGAAUACCGCUGCCGGUGAGAAUGCCGCCAAAGAUAUCGAGGAAUCCACGAUCUGUAAACCGGGAACCUGCGAGGUAUGGCCGCUUGACCUGGCGAGCAGGCACUCGGUACUGGCAUUUGCGGAGAAGGCGAAGAAGGAAUUAGGGAGGAUCGAUGUCCUGGUUUUAAAUGCGGCUGUUGCUACAAAGAUAUUUCAACUGGCUGAUGGGGGAUAUGAGCAUUCUAUUACCGUGAACACGAUAAAUCACUUCCUACUCGCCAUUGCCCUACUCCCAAAACUGCAAGAAACAGGGACCAAUUUCACAAAUCGAUUGGCUCCACCGCAUCUCACGGUUUUGACGAGCCAGGUCCACGCCUGGCCGGAAUUUCCACAAUCCACAGACCCUCGGGGCAUAUUUGUUGCGCUGAGCGACAAAGCUACGGCGAAAAUGGAUGAGCGGUAUCCGGUUACAAAGUUGCUGAAUGUAUACUUGACGAGGGAACUUGUCGAGCAACUCUACAGCGACAGUGACGGAAAAGACGGCGAGCCAUCUGUGGUAAUCAACAUGCUUGACACGGGCUUCUGUCACUCGCAGCUCUCGCGCGAGAAUCAGGGCGUCGACGCACUUGUAUUCAACCUCUUCAAGAGAUUAUUUGCGCGCAAAGAAGAGGUCGGAGCGCGCACGACGGUUACUGCUGCGAGUGCCGGGGUUGAGUCGCACGGGAAGUAUAUGGUUAACGGAAUCGUCGCGGACGAGGCGCUAUCGGAGCGGAUCUAUAACGAAGAGGGGAGAAUGAUCCAGAAAAGGCUCUGGAAGGAAUUGACGGAUAUUAUAAAGGGCUUCAAGCCCCAAAUUAUGGAGGAGUUCAAGUAA